UCUAACGAAAGUGAAAAUUCACGUGGGUAGUCUCGUGGGCGUGUCCAAUAGUUCCGUAUAUGCUUCUAACCCUUUUUUGUAGGUGUUGGUCCCUGCACCCGGCUGGAGUAGUCUUAUCCCCGUCUGGGUGUAGGAUACCUCAUAUAUAUAUACAGUACAGUAUAUUAUUCUGAUCGGUUUCUAGGGUUUCGAUCUCGUCGUUUCGAUUCAAGCACGUAGAGAAAGUAUUUCUAAAUCUGAAUUGGGUGAGCGGCACUGGCCACUGAGAAUCAAUAAUGGGUGUCGCUGCGAAGGAAGACGAUGGUUUGAAGAAAUUGGAGUACCUUUCGUUGGUCUCAAAGGUAUGUACUGAACUCGAGUCACACUUAGGGUUUGGUGACAAGGUCUUGGCCGAAUUCAUCACCGAGAUGGGCCGGAACUGCGAAAAAGUCGAGGAUUUCGACGCCCAGUUGAAGCAAAACGGCGCCGAGAUGCCCGACUACUUCGUCCGCACGCUUUUAACUAUUAUCCACGCCAUCUUGCCCCCAAACCCUAAGUCCAAAUCCGUAAAGGAAUCCAAGAGAGAAAGCAAUAAAUCGAGUUUUCCAGGUCUGGGGGUUGGUGAUAGUAGAGAGAGAGUCAAAGAGCUAGAGAGAGAAAUCGAGAUGGAAACCAAGGAUCUCGAUAGGGAGAGGAGAGAGAGGCGUAGCAACAGAGAUGUGGAGGAAAGGGGUGAUAGAGAUGAAAGGCAUAGGGGUGAUAGAGACAAAGAGGAUAGAGGAAGGGGGAGGUAUCGGGAUAGGGAUAAGCACGACAGGCAUGGGAGAGAUGGGUAUGAAGAUGAUGGGGAUAAUGGUAGGAGGGAGAGAAAGAAUGAUGCGGAAAGACAGGAUAGGCAUAGGAGAGAUGGGUAUGAAGAAGAUGGGAAUAACAAAGGGGAUGAUGAUAGGAGGGAGAGAAGGAAUGAUAGGCAUCGGAGAGAUGGGUACGAAGAACAUGGGGAUAACAAAGGGGAUGAUGAUAGGAGGGAGAGAAGGAAUGACAGGAAUAGGAGAGAUGGGUAUGAACGUGAUGAGGGUCAUGAUAGGAAGGAGAGAAGGAAUAAUGGGCCCAGGUCGGACGAGCCGGAAUUGUAUCAGGUGUAUAAGGGAAGAGUGUCGAGAGUGAUGGAAACGGGUUGUUUUGUUCAGCUCAGUGAGUUUAGGGGUAAAGAGGGUCUGGUCCAUGUUUCCCAGAUUGCGACUCGGAGGAUUGGCAACGCUAAGGACGUAGUGAAACGCGACCAGGAGGUUCAUGUGAAGGUGAUAUCUGUUUUGGGGCAGAAGUUGAGUCUUUCGAUGAGGGAUGUUGAUCAGAAUACCGGUGAAGACCUACUUCCGCUGAAAAAGAGGUCGGGCGAUGAUGAUGCUUUUAGGGCAAAUCCUUCGGGAUUGAAUGGUGGGGGGCCAAAGAUCAGGACAGGUCUUUCUGGGAUUAGAAUCAAUGACGAAGAUGUUGCUGUCCCGUCACGCCGGCCGUUGAAGAGGAUGAGUUCGCCAGAGAUAUGGGAAGCUAAUCAGCUGGUGGCUGCAGGAGUUAUGAGUGUUAGGGAGAACCCCAUGUAUGAUGAAGAAGGCGAUGGUGUUUUAUAUCAAGAAGAGGGUGCUGAGGAAGAGCUUGAAAUCGAGCUAAAUGAAGAUGAACCAGCCUUUUUGCAGGGACAAAGCCGGUACUCUAUGGACAUGUCACCUGUUAAGAUUUUCAAGAAUCCUGAAGGGUCCUUGAGUCGCGCGGCAGCCCUUCAGUCUGCUCUCAUAAAGGAGCGGAGGGAAGUGAGGGACCAGCAGCAGAGAACAAUGCUUGAUUCUAUUCCAAAAGAUCUCAAUCGUCCUUGGGAAGAUCCGAUGCCAGAGACAGGCGAGAGGCAUCUAGCACAAGAGCUUAGGGGUGUUGGUUUAUCGGCGUAUGACAUGCCUGAAUGGAAAAAGGAUGCUUUUGGGAAAUCCCUAACUUUUGGUCAGAGAUCAAAGCUUUCUAUCCAGGACCAGAGGCAGAGUUUGCCUAUUGCCAAAUUGAAGCGUGAAUUGAUUCAGGCUGUGCAUGACAAUCAAGUUUUGGUUGUAAUUGGUGAGACAGGUUCAGGGAAAACAACACAAGUCACGCAAUACCUAGCUGAAGCAGGGUACACUACCAAGGGAAAGAUUGGUUGCACUCAGCCUCGUAGGGUGGCUGCAAUGUCCGUGGCCAAAAGGGUUGCCGAAGAAUUUGGCUGCCGAUUGGGUGAGGAAGUUGGAUACGCCAUUCGUUUCGAGGAUUGUACUGGACCCGACACCGUGAUUAAGUAUAUGACUGACGGUAUGCUUCUAAGAGAGAUUUUGAUUGACGAGAAUUUAUCACAGUAUGCAGUUGUAAUGCUUGAUGAAGCUCAUGAGAGGACAAUCCACACUGAUGUGCUUUUUGGACUGCUGAAGCAACUUGUGAAGAGGAGACCUGAUCUUCGAUUGAUUGUCACUUCUGCCACAUUAGAUGCUGAGAAAUUUUCAGGGUAUUUCUUUAACUGCAAUAUUUUCACAAUUCCUGGAAGAACUUAUCCCGUGGAGAUACUCUAUACCAAACAGCCAGAAAGUGACUACCUAGAUGCAUCUCUUAUCACCGUUAUGCAAAUCCACUUGACAGAACCUGAGGGUGAUAUCCUCCUCUUCUUAACUGGUCAAGAGGAGAUCGAUCAUGCAUGCCAGUGUCUUUACGAGAGGAUGAAAGGGUUAGGAAAAAAUGUUCCUGAAUUAAUUAUUUUACCGGUUUACAGUGCUCUUCCAAGCGAAAUGCAAUCUAGGAUCUUUGAACCUGCACCUCCAGGAAAGAGGAAAGUGGUCGUGGCAACCAAUAUUGCAGAAGCCUCUUUGACCAUUGACGGUAUAUUUUAUGUGAUUGACCCUGGUUUUGCAAAGCAAAAUGUUUACAAUCCAAAACAAGGGCUUGAUUCACUGGUUAUAACUCCCAUUUCACAAGCAUCAGCCAAACAGCGAGCUGGCAGAGCUGGGCGAACUGGCCCCGGAAAAUGUUAUCGGCUUUACACCGAAAGCGCGUUUCACAACGAAAUGUCCCCUGCCUCAGUUCCAGAAAUACAAAGAAUUAAUCUUGGAACGACUACUCUUACUAUGAAAGCUAUGGGAAUAAAUGAUCUCCUAUCAUUUGAUUUCAUGGACCCGCCUUCUCCCCAAGCUCUCAUUUCUGCCAUGGAACAGCUGUACAGUCUUGGAGCUCUGGAUGAGGAGGGGCUUCUGACUAAAUUGGGUAGGAAAAUGGCGGAAUUUCCAUUGGACCCACCAUUGUCUAAGAUGCUUCUAGCCAGUGUGGAUCUCGGGUGUAGUGAUGAGAUUUUGACAAUCAUUGCGAUGAUUCAGACCGGAAACAUCUUUUACAGGCCAAGAGAGAAACAAGCCCAGGCGGAUCAAAAGAGAGCCAAGUUUUUCCAGCCUGAGGGAGAUCAUCUGACAUUACUUGCUGUUUAUGAGGCUUGGAAGGCGAAGAACUUUUCAGGUCCGUGGUGUUUUGAGAAUUUUGUUCAGUCUCGUUCCUUGAGGAGGGCACAGGAUGUCCGUAAGCAGCUUCUCACCAUCAUGGACAGGUAUAAAUUGGAUGUCGUUUCUGCUGGGAAGAAUUUUACUAAAGUUCGUAAGGCCAUAACUGCUGGGUUCUUCUUCCACGGAGCAAGGAAGGAUCCUCAAGAAGGUUAUAGAACUCUAGUUGAAAACCAACCAGUGUAUAUACACCCCAGCAGUUCUGUGUUUCAGAGACAGCCGGACUGGGUCGUCUACCAUGAGCUAGUGAUGACUACAAAGGAGUAUAUGCGAGAGGUCACGGUCAUUGACCCUAAAUGGCUUGUGGAGCUAGCUCCAAGAUUCUUUAAAGUGGCGGAUCCCACAAAAAUGAGCAAACGCAAACGUCAAGAACGGAUUGAACCACUUUAUGACAGAUACCAUGAACCCAACUCUUGGCGUUUGAGUAAAAGACGUGCUUGAUUUUUCCUUUAAAGGUUAUGAGGCGAACUUUGCCAUAAAAGAUACUUGAGGGUUGCUCAUGACUGUUGUUUAUUUUUUCAGAAUGUUGUAAAUAUUUUCUCAAACCUUGUUGCUAAUUGUAUGAGGUUAAGUUUGGGGAGGAUGGAUGGACAAGGGUAUCAUAUUUUCCUGAUUUAUAGAGAUUUCAUAUAUUUCAUCUCAGAUUUCUAAUCA